CCUCUGGUGGGCCGCUUCAGUGUUGCCAGACAAGCUGGGCCCGUUCCUUGUGGCAAUUACACUCUGAGCUCAGGCCAGAACGUCAUCAUCCAGUCACCGAACUAUCCUAACUUAUAUCCGAUGAACAACGAUUGCACUUGGAACUUCCAGUGUGCAGAUAACACCUCGAACGUAUCGAUGACCUGCUCCAGUUUUAGACUGUCGAGCUGCACUUAUUCGUACAUGACAAUCACUGGACAAGGCCUCAGCAAAAGGUAUUGCGGAACAAAGUCCACUUUCACCGAAGUAAGCGGAAAUGACCAGAUGGCAGUGCGCUUCUUUUCGAGAACACAUAGUAACUACGGCUUCUCCUGCACAGUUAGUUGCUCAGGAACAGCACCAAAUACAACUACAACUACAACUGCAAAUACAACAAUGACUGUGCAAUGCCGUAAGUAUACAUUUUCAGCAGCAUAAUAUUCUUUUAUCUCU